AUGGAUGCUCUCGUGGCGAGGUACAGCCGGCCGACGUACCAGCACGACGAGGCGUCGGAUAACGAGGCGCACGAGUUGAUGGAAGCGACCUCGUCCCUGACGACCAAGUUUGCCAUGCCGCCCAUCUCUCAGCCGUCGUCGUGGCUGCGCGCCGCCACGGACGACCGCGCCAACCCCGACUGCCCCAUCAAGAUCGCCCACGGGACGACGACGCUGGCGUUCCGCUUCCAGGGCGGCAUCGUGGUGGCGACCGACUCGCGCGCCACGGCCGGCAACUGGAUCGCCUCGCAGACGGUCAAGAAGGUGAUUGAGAUCAACAGCGUGCUGCUGGGCACCAUGGCCGGCGGCGCGGCCGACUGCCAGUACUGGCUGGCCUGGCUGGGCAUGCAGUGCCGCCUGCACGAGCUGCGGCACAAGCGCCGCAUCAGCGUCGCCGCCGCCAGCAAGAUCCUCGCCAACCUCGUCUACAGCUACAAGGGCAUGGGGCUCAGCAUGGGCACCAUGUGCGCCGGCGUCACGCGCGAGGAGGGGCCCGCGCUGUACUACGUCGACAGCGACGGCACCCGCCUGGCCGGCAACCUGUUCUGCGUGGGGUCCGGCCAGACCUUUGCCUACGGCGUGCUCGACGCCGAGUACCGCUACGACCUGGGCGUCGACGAGGCCCUCGAGCUGGGCAGGAGGAGCAUCCUGGCCGCCACGCACCGCGACGCCUUCUCCGGCGGCUUCAUCAACCUGUACCACGUCAAGGAGGAGGGCUGGGUCAAGCACGGCUUCACCGACACCAACCCGGUGUUUUGGAAGACCAAGCUCGACAAGGGCGAGUUUACCAACGUGACGAGCGCGCUUGACUGA